GUGUCCCUAUAGCAAAUCAGAGCUGCUCCUUCAUCCUGCUUGGCGUCUCUGUCUGCUCUUCGCGCGCUUGUUGACUCUCUUAAACAUCAUAUGAGGAAGUUGCUUCGUUCUUACAAAAGAAGACUGGAUUCAUCCUGUGCUGCUUUUCAAAGAUUGGCCUCGCCAUUUGACCAGUCUGAUCAUGGAUCAAGAGUGGACACCUUUGGAUUGUCUGCUGCCUUCAGGCAAACAGAAGAUUUGUCUCAUCAUUCUGAACCAGCCCAUUGAUAAGAACCACCUGCACACCCUCUGGGGUAAAGCUCUCUUGAGGGCAUGUGCUGACGGAGGUGCCAAUCAACUUUAUAACAUCACCGCUGGAGAUCGUGACAACUUUCUCCCUGACUACAUCAGUGGGGAUUUUGAUUCCAUUACACCAGAGGUUAAAGCUUUCUAUGCAGACAAGGGGUGCAAGCUCAUAGAAACAGCUGACCAGGAUCUAACUGACUACACCAAAUGUAUUGUAAAAAUGCUGGAAGAGAUAGAGACACGAAAGCUGCAGGUGGACACCAUAGUGACGCUGGGUGGGCUAGCAGGGAGAUUUGACCAAACCAUGGCAUCGGUUGAGACGCUCUUUCAUGCUCAGUCCAUGACACAGCUGCCUGUUUUGAUCAUACAGGAAACAAGCUUGGCAUACUUACUCAGACCUGGCAACCACAAACUCGGGGUAAACACCAGCCUGGAGGGAGAGUGGUGCAGCCUCAUUCCUGUAGGUGGACCCUGCCAAACAGUCACCACAGGACUCAAAUGGAACCUGGAUAAACAGGUCCUGGAGUUUGGGAAGCUUGUGAGCACCUCCAACACCUAUGAACCCACAGCACCGGGGAGCCCCAGGAAGCCUGUGACUGUGACCACAGACCAGCCUCUGCUUUGGAGCAUGGGCAUCCACAUUAAUGCGAAAUAACAGACUGUUCCGUCAGAAGUAACUACCUUUUGUUUUGUUUUUAAAACAAGAUAGAACAAAAACCAGUCAGUAUUUGGGUAAAAAAAAAACAACAAAAAAAAACACUUGUUUAAGAAAUAGGUUGUUAUGGAGUGGAUUUAAUCACACUGAAAGAUCAGAAAUGAUUUAAAGCCAUUUGCCAACUGUAAAUCAUGUCCGGAACAUCACAUUGAACUGUAUCCCACACCAUGUGCUUUCAACUUCUCCAUUUCUUCCCCCACCCCAAAAAAAGUGAAUAGUGCCUUAUGUCAUCUUUUAUAUUUGGGCCUGUCGUAACUGUAUUAUUGCACUCAAUUCCAAAAUUAAAAACAGUUUUCACAACAAA